AUGAAGUUUGUCUUGGUUCCUAUACUUGCAUCCGUGGUGAUCUUUGUCGCCCUCCUUCUUCUCACCUCCCCGGCAACUUUGAAACAUGGACGUACCGAUCUUGUUGAUCUGUCUUCAAGUCCUCUUUUCAUGUUUUUGGCAUUGAAUUUCAUUGUUCUUGCCAUACUCCUCGGUAGCCCCAACCCGACCGAUCAUGAAGUAGGAAGGCGUUUCUCGUUUUCCUUCAAUGAGGAAGUUAGGGUGGAUGAUAUUGAUGCAGACGAAAAUGAGGUUUACGUUGAUGAAGGCAAAGAUGAAGAUAGUGAUCAUUCGAAUGACGAGGUCACUUCUGAUGGUUAUGAGGAGGAUGAUGAUGACAGCGGAAGCGAUGGCGAGAUCGGAUGGUGCAAUGAUGAAGACGGCGAUGAAGCACCCGAAAAGGACGAAGAUGGGGACAACAAUUUAGAGAAGAGAAGUGAAGACUUCAUUGCUAGGGUCAUCAAAGGAUGGUGGGAAGAGAGGGUGAGAGAAGAUUGA